GGAUCGGGUAGAGACACGGCUAUCAGCUGUUAGCAUUAGCUUCCGUGUGCUAGCAGAGAGGCUGCUAAUGUGUGAGUGUUUGCAGUGAGAAUGUGUUGAGUCCAGCUGGAAGGAGAGUUUGUCAGCGAGCAGUUAACUCCUGCUGGAGAAACAUUCCCAGAGUUUAAAGGAAGAUUAGAUCAGAUCGAGGAGGAGAAGAUGGAUGAUCAGCACAGACUGCUGGAUUUCACCAGGAUCCCCCAGAUCAUCUUACACCGGACAGACCUCCUGCAGGUUGGAAAAGAGGAGGAUUUCUCUGAGCAGCAGCUCUGGAAACAGGAGAGGAAUUCCAGUUUGGACCAAGAGGAACCAGAACCUCUGCAGAUGAAAGAAGAGCAGCUAAAGCCAGAAGAUCCCUGGACUAAAGAGGAAACCAUGGAGCUCCCCAUCACUGAGCAGGAGGAGCAGCAGGAGGCUGGUGACCUCCUGCAGGUUGGAAAAGAGGAGGAUUUCUCUGAGCAGCAGCUCUGGAAACAGGAGAGGAAUUCCAGUUUGGACCAAGAGGAACCAGAACCUCUGCAGAUGAAAGAAGAGCAGCUAAAGCCAGAAGAUCCCUGGACUAAAGAGGAAACCAUGGAGCUCCCCAUCAGUGAGCAGGAGGAGCAGCUGCUUCUCAAGGAGGCAGGAGACACGAUAGAGAAAAUCUUCCCAUGUUUGACAUGUGGAGAAAGGUUUAAAAGAAAAGAACAUUUAUUGGUUCACAUGAGAACUCACACAGGUGAGAAGAUUUAUGAAUGCAUGUGCUGUGGAAAAACCUUCUGUAAUAAAUCUCACCUUGAUAGGCACCUCAGAAUUCACACAGGAGAGAAGCCGUUCUCCUGCACCAUUUGUGAAAAAAGUUUUACUCAGAAAGUUAGUUUGUCUUAUCACAUGAGAACGCAUUCAGAUGAAAGACCUUUUUCCUGUGACACCUGUGGGAAAGCCUUCAAAGCAAGAAUUCGUCUGAAUGAACACAUGAGAACUCACACAGGUGAGAAGCCGUUCCCCUGUACAAUCUGUGGCAAAUGUUUCAGUCAAAAACAUAGUCUGUCAGCACACAUGGCGACUCACUCAGUUGAAAGGCCUUUUCCCUGUGCUUCCUGUGGGAAAAUGUUUAAAAGUAAAGCUGCAUUGAGAUUACACAUGAGAAAUCACUCAGGUAAAAGGAUGAAUAAAUGUCUGUUCUGUGGAAAGAGUUUCACUCAGAAAUCUAAUCUUGAUAGACACAUCAGAAUUCACACAGGAGAGAAACCGUCCUUCUGUGUGGUUUGUGGCAAAAGUGUUACAAAACAAUGUAAACUGAAUUCUCACAUGACAAUUCACUCAGAUGAAAUGACUUUUUCCUGUGAGACGUGUGGAAAAACCUUCAAAAACAGAAAUACUUUGACGUCUCACAUCAGAACUCACACAGGCGAGAAACCUUACUCCUGUACCAUGUGUGACAAAAGUUUUGCUCAAAAAGUUAGUUUGACUAAACAUGUUGCCACACACUCAGGUGACAAACAGUUUUCAUGCACAAUAUGUGGAGUUGAUUAUUUAAAAAAAAUCGAUUUUGUGCUUCACAUGAAAAGUCACAUUAGUGAGACGCCACAGGGCUCAGAUGUCAGUCAGGCAGUCUACUUUUUUGUUUAGAAAAAAAUGAAAAAACACACUAGAAAUAUUAUGUUAACUCUCUUUCUUAAAAUUAUUCUGCACCACAAUUGUCGCAUUAAAGAUGUUGGGGCAUGUUCAAACCUUCUGCUGCUUGAAGAGACAAAAGUGCAAAGAAGCUUUUAGGUUUCGGGGUUCAGUCAUAUCUAAGGUGCCUGUUGCUCUGCUUCUGAUCUCAUCUAUUUUGUUUGUCCUAAAACCUCAUUAUUGAGGUUAUAAUUCUGUGGUCAAAAUAUCUGCAUUUACCAGGAAAAUGUUGAACUAUUGAUAUUAAAUCAAACACUAUUUUUCUA